CCCCAGGUGGUUAAACUCUUAGUUGUGCUUAAGUUUGUCUCAAUUAUUGGGCUUCGGUUGAAGGGACAAUAUGCUUCGACUUUUGCGCCGAACGUUUAGCAGGAGGGGACGUAGGCGACCGAAACAAGCCCCUACGGGACGGGGGGUGGCAGAGUCUGGGAUUCAUAUUCCAGCACCUGAUGGAAAACGUGGGAAAUCAGUGAUAACAGCGAGAGUUGUGUUGUUGGAUGGGACAGAUGUUUCUGUGGAUGUCCCAAAAAAGGCUCUUGGUGAAGUAUUAUACCAACAAGUGAUUUCCUAUCAUCUAGAUUUGGUGGAAACCGAUUAUUUUGGUCUUCAGUUUAUGGAUGCUAACCAGGUCCCACAUUGGUUGGAUAAAACCAAGAAGAUUGUCAAACAAGUGAAGAUUGGUCCUCCUUAUACUUUCCAUUUUCGAGUUAAAUUUUAUUCUUCAGAACCAAAUCUUUUACAAGAAGAGCUAACAAGAUACCAGUUCUUCUUGCAACUAAAACAAGAUAUUCUGCGUGGAAAGCUGCCGUGUCCUUUUGAUGUUUCAGUACAACUAGCAGCAUAUGCAUUACAAUCUGAGCUUGGAGAUUAUGACCCUGACGUCCACAAUCCAUAUUUUAUAUCGGAAUUCCGGUUUGUACCGGAUCAAACCGAACAAUUUGAACUUGCUGUCAUCGAGGCUUACAAGAAAUGCAAAGGACAAACACCUGCAGAUUCUGAAUUGAAUUAUCUCAAUAUUGCAAAGUGGAGAGAAAUGUAUGGAGUUGACAUGCAUAAUGUUAAGGGUAAAGAUGGAAACGAAUAUAGUCUCGGUCUCACCCCUACCGGGGUCCUUGUGUUCGAGGGCGAGCAAAAGAUUGGUCUCUUCUUCUGGCCCAAGAUAAAGAAAUUGGAUUUCAAGGGAAAGAGAUUGUUGCUUGUUGUCACUGAGGAUGAUGAAAGGGGUGUUGAACAAGAACACACGUUUGUGUUUCGUCUUGACCAUCCGAAGGCUUGUAAACAUCUUUGGAAGUGCGCGGUCGAACAUCAUGCUUUCUUUAGACUUAAAUCCAAUGUACAGCAAGGACAACGACAACAAAUGAUUAGACUUGGUUCCAGAUUUCGUCCGAGCGUUCGCACCGAAUUUGAAAUCACAAGGAACCGAGGACCUCGGAAGUCCGUCAACUUUGAACGAAGACCAAGUAAAAGAUAUUCAAGGAGGCCGAGCUUUAAACGACCGGCCCAGCAGCGACCGGUGCCCACAGAAGAUCAACCAUUCAGUCGAUUUGUUCCUCAACAUGGACCAGCUGCUCCACCAAUGCGUAACCAGAAGAAGCCAACUAAUAGGUCUCCACCUCAACCUAAGCCACAAAACAAUUCCAACUCUGCACAGUCAAGCCACUACUCACGUGCAAGUGCCAGGCAAGCGUAUGGAAUUCAGGUUUAAGUGCUUACAGUGUUGCCAGCCAUAAACCUGCCAGUGGUGCCCGCACUACUUUUAUAGUGUAGCAAGUCGAAGUGCUAGGGCUUCAUAUAAAAUUCAAUAUAUUCUUUAACACAUCAUGAAUUAAUUAUCUCCUUUAAUUGGAUUUUCCACAAUUGUGUUUUUUUAAGGUCCUUUUGCAAGCCUAUUUCAUUGUGAACUUCAUUUCAUUGUUAUGGCUAUAUUUGUAUAUAUCAGGUCCCCUUUUUUGGUGCUUGUAACUAAAUAUGCAGCUUUAUAUUGGCUGCUGAUUACACUCAACUGCUGUACCAUGCAAGCCUAUGAAUUUUAACGGUGCGUAUUUUUAUACCUUGGAUAACUUUGUAUUGGUGGCCCAGCACUUAAAACGGUUCAUAUUAUUUGUACAUUUCUGCCAUAUUUGCUGUAUAUAUAAUUCCUUUUGGUUGGUUUACCCUUGUGUGUGUUUAUUCCCGCCCAUGUUGUAUGAGUUUUACAAUAUUGUGUUUUUUUAGUUAAUGCCAGAUUGCUUUUUCUGUAAUGAAUUUUAGUUAGUUUCAAAUCCUUAGUUUUUUGGUACAGCUGGCUAAUGUUGUAACUUGGUUUUAAUUGUUUUCUGCCCUAAGGCUAAACUGUCACGGUCACUUGGUUUCGGUCUAUUGAAAUUGUCACCUGACUUGCGUUAAAUGGGCCGUGACAAAUGUUGAUGAAUUAUGUGUCACUUGGAAGGACAGCAUUUAACGCUACUACUUCAUCACCAGGGGUGUAUCUAGGAAUUUAAAAAGUGGUCCAACCAUAAUUUAAAAUAUUUUUUUAUGCGACUUGUGAAAAACAGUUGUGCAUCGCAAUGGCGCUUUGUUAUGCUGAAUUUUCACAAAAAGUGGGGUCCAUACCUCUUUAAUCCCGCUGAUUUCAACCCUGGUCUUCGCUGGCUGUGGGUUUCUUUGCACGUAACCGACAAUCACAUUUAAACGCAAUGCAUUUAAUUCUCACUUUGCCACAGUGUUUCUCACAAGGCAUGCCUGCACUGGUAUACAGGUGUUAUUGUGUUCAACUAACUCAUAUAACGUUGCUAUGAAUUCCACAUCUCACUAAACACCGUUUUAAUCCUUUCAGUUUCACACGUUUAUUUUUAAUCUUUAUCCUUUGUGGUGAUAUUUUGAACAAGCGUUGUUGAAAUGCAGUUGCUCUGCCUUUGCUUUAAUGGAGUUUCGUUCAUGGCUUAAGUUUAUGCGGCGUCGCUUCUUUCUGUUCGUUGAUACGAUUCCGUUUUAUUAAAAAUAUAUAACGUACAUGA